UUUUCUUAUUUCUUCAUGAUAUGUAGUAUGUCAAACUUUCAAGUCCACUAUGCAUUGGUUCCAAGAAAAUUUUCAAAAUUUAUAUUUCUACAACAACAUAGAUUAUUUUCAACUGAAACAAAAAUUGAAAAAUUUACAGAAAAUGUUUUACUCAAAUCAUUAAAUAAAUAUACACCUGAUAAAAUUCGAAAUUUUGCAAUAAUUGCACAUAUUGAUCACGGCAAGAGUACACUUUCUGAUCGAUUAUUACAAUUAACAAAUGUCAUUCCAUCUGAUUCGGAACAAAGAUAUCUUGAUAAAUUGGAGGUCGAAAAAGAGCGAGGAAUUACUGUUAAAGCCCAAACUUGUACUAUGUUUUAUAAAGGAAUGAUGCUCAAUUUAAUUGAUACGCCUGGCCAUGUUGAUUUUAAUUUUGAAGUCAAGCGUUCUUUAGUUGCUUGUGGUGGUGCUAUUCUUCUUGGAAUACAAGCUCAAACAAUUUUUAAUUUUUGGGAUGCCUUCCAAGCCGAAUUGUCAAUAAUUCCAAUAAUAAAUAAAAUUGAUAUGGCAUUGGUUGAUAUUGAUAGAAUUGAAAAACAAAUGCAAACACUUUUUGAUUUUAAAAAAGAGGAAAUACUUAAAGUAUCUGCAAAGACGGGAUUAAAUGUCCCUUCAAUUUUGGAUGCAAUUAUUGAAAGAAUUCCUCCGCCUAAUUUUGAAAUGAAGGAAGAAAAAUCCUUUCAGGCACACAUAUUUGAUUCUUGCAUUUUCCCUUUACAUUCUAGGUUUGAUCAUCGUUGCGGAGUUGUUUUACUUUUGGUUAUUAAACAUGGACAGUUAAAACGUGGAAUGUCAGUUCAAUUUUUUAAUGACAAAGAACGUGUCUAUAAUGUUAGACAAGUUGGUUUUUUACAUCCAGAGAUGGUUCCAUGUGAGUCAUUAACUACAGGCCAAGUUGGUUAUAUGUAUUGUGGAAUUAAAUCACCAAAAGAUAUUAUUGUCGGAGAUACUAUAUUUGAAGCUGGAAAUAAAAUAGAUUUACAGCCUUUUAUGUCAAUUAAUAGAAUAAAACCAACAGUUUAUGCUGGGCUUUUUCCAACGGAGUCUUCAGAAUUUGAACGUUUAAAUGGAUGGCGAGUUGGCUUUAUUGAAAAGGAAUAUGGAGAAUUGGCUGUUUUUACUUCCCCAACUGUUGAAUACUUGGCAGAUAUUGUUAAUAAUGAAUCAAUUAGGCAAAAACGUUAUGGAGGAAAAGAGCAAAUUGUUAUUUCAAAACCUUCAUCUUUUCCUAGCUGUCCAACAGAUAUUGUUUGUUAUCACGAGCCAGUAUCUCUAGUUUCAAUCGUUACUCCAGCCGAGUAUUUUCAAUUAAUUAAUUCUUUAUGUGAAAAUGCCAGAGGUGAAAAUAUAGAAACGAUGUAUAUUGACGAAACAAAAAUGUUACUUAAAUGGAGACUAACAAGUGGUUAUGCUUCUUUUGAUAUGAAAGAUGACGGUUAUAGAGAAUGUAAAUUAGAGAAGAUUUGUAUUUAUUUAAAUGACAAACAGAUAGAAGAAUUAUCGUUAAUCUGUCCAAGUGUAAUUGCAAGAAAACGUGCUAAUCAAAUGAUUAAUAAAUUGAAAAAUGAAAUUCCUUCUCAACAAAUUGAAGUUACAAUAAGGGCUUCUUUUGGCACUUCAAGAAAAGCUGUGGCACAAGCAAUUAUUAAACCAAUGAAAAAAGAUUUUGCUGGAGUUUUAAAGGGCAAUUUUGUGGCUGAUCGUCUUGGGAAAAAAUUAAAACAUCAAAGGGAAGGAAAAGAAAGAAUGAAAAAUGUGGGAAAUGUUAGAAUACCACAUCAAGCUUUCCUUAAUGUUUUGAGAAAAUAA